AUGCAGGAAAGCAAGAGUUCUCCGGUACUUAGCAAGAAGGAUGACGGCGAGGAGGGCAUCACCGUCGACCUGUAUCCAUUCAUACGGGAAUACAAGGUCGGCCGUGUGGAGCGCUUACUGCACAGCCCAUUCGUGGCAGCGUCCAAGGACCCGGCAGCAAACCGUGGAGUUGCGACCAGGGACGUGGUCGUCGACGAGAGCACCGGCGUGUUCGCACGCCUGUUCCUUCCCUCCAUUGCAGCCGCCGCUACGGGGAUCGGCGGCGAGAGGCUUCCCGUCCUCAUGUACGUCCACGGCGGAUCCUUCUGCACGGGGAGCGCGUUCUCUCGCACUUACCACAGCUACACCAGGUCUCUGGCGGCCAGCGCCGGGGCGCUCGUCGUGUCCGUGGAGUACCGUCUCGCGCCGGAGCAUCCUGUGCCUGCAGCCUAUGAAGAUGCAUGGGCGGCGCUCCAGUGGGUGGUGUCCCUCUCUGAUCCGUGGCUGUCAGACUACGCAGACCUCGGGCGCACGUUCCUCGUUGGCGACAGUGCCGGCGGGAAUAUUGUCUACAACACGGCGGUGCGUGCGGCCAGUGGCGGUGGCAGCCACAUCCACAUCGAAGGGCUGGUCAUCGUGCACCCAUACUUCUGGGGGGUCGAGCGGCUGUCCAGCUCCGAGGCAGUCUGGGACGGCAUCGCCAUGUUUGCUCCCGAGGACGUCGACAGGCUCUGGCCGUUCAUUACGGCCGGCCGGCUGGGAAACGACGAUCCCUUGGUCAACCCCGUCGACGAGGAGAUCGCCUCGCUGACAUGCCGGCGUGUGCUGGUGGCCGUGGCCGAGAAGGACACCUUGCGUGACCGCGGGCGUCGGCUGGCAGCUCGCAUGCGCGACUGCUGCUCAUGGGCCGAUGAUGAAAACGCGGUGACAUUGAUAGAAUCAAAGGGAGAAGACCAUGGCUUCCACCUGUACAACCCACUGCGUGCGACCAGCAAGAUCCUCAUGGAGAGCAUCGUACGGUUCAUCAACCAGCGCACACCCUUGCCGCUGCCAAAACUUCACGAGCUGCAUGCAUGCCAAGGUAAGAGGAAGGCAUCGUCUCCGGGUGACAUGGACACAGCCGUCCAGCAUGUUCUAGGCGUGCCAACCAGGCCGUAUAUAGACGUACAUGGCUAUGGGACGUCCAUGAGAGUCACAGAUGUGACACGUAGUAGUUGCUUACGCAUUGGAAAUGGAAGAAAAGCAUCCAAAACAAGUUCUCGUCAUCAGGCCAAACAUCACCAACAUGAGGUUCUCGUCAUCAGCAACAACAGCUCCUGA